AUGAACUUAAAUGUAAAGACACGCCAUCUAAUAAUAAGAUUAAUUAUUUUAGGAAUACCUCCUGUCAUUUACUUAACAAUGAACAAGUCAAUUCAACGCGAUUGUUACAGAAUAUUAAAAAAGUGUGUCAAAUCUACUAUGCAAAGCUACAAAAAUCUACACUCAAAUGCUGUCCAACCUUUAAGUCGUCAAAUGAAUUUUGAAAGGGAAGAUAAUCAAGUAAACAUGCAAAAUUAA